AUGGCCUUGCCAAUGAAGACCGCGAUGAAGAAGGUCAUGAAGGCCAACCCAAUGAAGGCCAAGGCGGCGAUGAAGGGAAUGAAGGCCUGCAAGCUGAGGGGCGUGAUGAAGAAGAAGGUGAUGAAGAAGAAGGCCAUCAGCAAGAUCGCUCGUGGCAAGCGCGCAAAGAUGGUUGUCUUCAAUGGGCGCAAGGAGAAGACCUCGUCGGGCCUCAAGAAGACGCAUCUCAUGAAGAACAAGCGCGGCAAGGUCGUUACGAAGAAGCAGCACGCUGUGGGCGUGGCGCUCUUCAAGAAGAUCGGCCAGCGCUGGCUCGACGCAGUCGCGACGGCAAGGAAGGAGCUGGGGAUCAAGGGCUUUUGCGCUGUUGGUGGAAAGAGCGCUCAGGGCAAGGCGCUUUAUGCCAAGGCCAAAGCGCUUUACGCAGCUUGA